CGCCUCACCCCCGGGUGGUGAGGGAAGGUCCCGGGGCUCUGCUCGGUGUGCCCGACGGCUGUGAAUGCGGCCGCCCUUCCCACCGGCACCGGGCUGCUGGCAACGCCUACCAGGCCGCAAAGCCCCGGCCUGAAGUUAGAGUCUGCCUGCAGCCACAGUGGCAGUAACACACUCGACUGUGCCAAUGUGGAACUUUGUGCUUAACUUUAGGGUAAAUAAAUCUGCUUCGUUAGAGGAAUUGGAUGUGAAGGAUAACAUGUCCAAUGUACCCGAGGACAGAAGUAAUAGGUGGCAAGAAAUUCAGAAAGGACUACAAUUUAUACAGUCUCCAUUGCCUUAUCCUGGUACUGAGCGAGAGUAUAAGGUGUUUCUUCAAGACCUUGUGAGAAAUUUGUAUGAUGAGGGAAAUGAUAAGUUCAGAGAAUGCAAUUGGGCUGAUGCUUUGAAUCAGUAUACUGAGGCCUUAAAUGUGGCUGAUUAUGCGUCUGAAGAAGUCAGUAUUGUAAAUGGAGUAAUAGAGAAGCUGUAUGCAAAUCGUGCAGCCUGCUACUUGAAUAUGGGUCUCUAUAAUCAGGUGUUAGAUGAUUGUGACAAAGCUUUGCAGUUGAAUCAUAAUAACUACAGAGCACUCUAUCGAAAAGGAAAAUCCCUGAAAGAGUUAGGAAGGCAUAAAGAAGCCUAUGAUGUUGUUGCAAAGUGCUCACUAGCUGUGCCGCAGGAUGAUGAUGUAAUAAAAUUAACCCAGGAGCUGGCUCAGAAAUUAGGAUUGAAAAUUCGGAAAGCUUAUGUUAGAGCGCAACCUCCCUUGAACCCAAUAGUUGCUGUCAGUUCUAUAUCUUCUGCUGAAUCUUCUGAUCAACCCACCAAUGGUUUGGAUUCUGUUGAAGAUAUUGAAAUAGAUUUCCCAGGAUUGAGUUUGGAACCUUCUGUUUCUUCAUCUAUCUCUUUGGAUGAAAUCCCUCAAGCAGUAUGUGAUUCAGCCCCAAUUCCAGUUGUUUCUAAUUCUACAUCACCCACUGUACAACUGUCAGAGAAAAUCAAUCUUUCCACUGCUGCACUGGUGAAUGGAGGAGAAGUAUCUUUUUCAGUGCCUGAGUCAUGUUUAGACUAUACUGAUGGUGACAAAAUAGGAGAAGAUCUGGAUGAGCUGCUAGAUUCUAUGUCCACAGUAGAAGAAACUCCAAUGAAGCCCAUGAAUCUUACAGGAAAUAUUUCUUCUAGCUUGCCUGCCAGUAUGCCUUCCAGUAUUUCUUGUCCCAGUCCUGUCUUAGCGUCCCCACCUCAAAUUACAAGUAAUAGUAUUCCUUCGGUGACUCUGCCAUCAGUGUAUUCAUUACCUAUGAAUAUGCUAUCCUAUGACACUUUUGGUUCCGGAAUGGAUUCCUUAGAUUCUCUACCUAUUAUGGAAUCUCAGAGAGGAAAACCUCCAGGUCUUGGAGUUGGGGCUGGAGUACAAGGACAUAGUAGCAACACUUCUUAUCUGCCUCUAAAUAGUACAAGCAGUCUGUUCAGUAGUAACAGCAAUAUAGGAGUUAUAGGUCAAAAUGGAAGUGGCAUUUCAAGAGGAACAGAAAUGGGAGCGAAUGAAUUAUCCACACAAACACUAGGUAGAAAUCCGCUGUCGGACACGCAUGAAUUUAAGCAGGCCUGUCUUUUGUGCUUUAAAAUAGAUCCCAAAGGAUUAGCAUAUACCUACAACAGAGAUGUGGAACAUAAGUGUAAGAAGGAUAUUCUAAUUGGUCGAUUGAAGAACUCUGAUGGUAGGUCCUGGAAGAAGAUACGACCUAGACCAACAAAGAAUCAGUAUGUGGGUCCAUAUUACAUCUGUAAAGAUGUUGCUGCUGGAGAAGAAUGUACAUACCCUGGUCACUGCACAUUUGCAUAUUGCCAAGAAGAGAUAGAUGUAUGGUCUCUAGAACGCAAAGGAGCAUUUAAUCGUGAGCUGUUGUUUGAACCUUUCGGAAGUAUCAGGAAGGUUAAUUUAACUGUAGCCAAAAUUCUACAAGAACAUCAUGGCAUAUUUAUGUUUCUCUGUGAGAUAUGUUUUGAUAACAAGCCCAGAAUGAUACACAAAAACAAUAAGGAUAACCAAGCCUACUGUUCCAAUUCGGAUGCCAAGCAUUUAUUUGAGCAGAACAAGUGCCUCGUUCACAUCCUUCGAGAGACAACAGUGAAAUACUCUAAAAUCCGACCUUUUGACAAUACCAGACUACUUGAUCUCUGCCGCCAUGAAGUUCGCUUUGGUUGUAUUAGAGAAGAUGAAUGUUUCUAUGCACACAGUCUGAUAGAACUGAAAGUCUGGAUGAUGCAACUUGACACACAUAUCUCUCAUGAAGCAAUUACUCAGGAAUCAAAAAAGUAUUGGCAGAACUUGGAAGCUAGUGCCCAGGCAGGACAGAUACCUCAAGGCAUGACAAAAUCUAGAAAUCUCAACUUAAAGCUCAAGUUCGUCUGUGGACAGUGUUGGAGGAAUGGGCAAGUCAGCGAGCCAGACAGAAACCGAAAAUACUGCAGUGCUAAAGCAAGACAUCCUUGGACCAAAGAACGUCGUGUGCUACUAGUGAUGUCCAACGAGCGUAAGAAAUGGACAACCAUACGUCCCCUCCCAUCAAAAAAACCAAUUCCACAGCAAUUUGAUUUGUGCAUGCAUAUAGCAAAAGGCAAGAAAUGUACAUACAUUGGGAACUGCUCAUUUGCCCACAGUCUUGAGGAAAAAGACAUGUGGACCUAUAUGAAAGACAGUAACAUCCUAGACAUGGAACAACUAUAUGAGAUGUGGUUGAAGAGCCAGGAGCCAGAGAAAGAGGAAACCGCUAAUGCACCAAAGGAAAAUGGCAAACAAAUCCACAUGCCAACUGACUAUGCUGAUCUUAUGACUGGCUAUCAUUGUUGGUUGUGUGGGAAGAACUGUAACAGUGAGAAGCAGUGGCAACAGCACAUAACCUCGGAGAAACACAAAGAAAAGGUUUUUAGCUGCGAGGAUGACCAAAACUGCUGGCAACAUCGUUUUCCAACAGGACAGUUCAGUGUUUGUAAAAUGCAUGAGACAGGUACCUGUGCAGAUGACGAGAGUUGCCAGUUUGCUCACAGUAGAGCAGAAUUACAAGAAUGGAUGGAUCGGAGAGAAGUUCUAAGACAGAAACUAGCCAAAGCCAGAAAAGACCAUUUGAUUGCUCCAGAAGAUGACGAUUUUGGAAAAUUUGAUUUUUUGAUUAAAGACUUAAAUUAAUAUAAUAACCAUGGCAUGUUCGUAUUUUCAGAAACGUGUUACUGGUAGAAGUUGACAGUCUCUCGAUUGAAACCAAAACUAAAAGGCAUACAAGCAGUAAUUCUUUGAAUUGUUCUCCUGCUUUACUUUUCCUACAGUAGUAACUACUAUGGUCUUGUGAAAGUGGCAUAUAGUCGAGGCAGGAGUGUGGCCGUAUGCUCUGCACUUUGAUGUCAUACCAGGCUGCAGCCAACAGCAUUACUUGCUGAAAGUUGCAGCCCUGCUUCAAGAUGACGUGCAACUUAAAGAAUCAUGGAGUAUAUUAAAGUGCAAAGGACUUGAAUAUUUAAGUCUUUAAUUGAAUAUUUUUUGUGAUAUAUUCCUAUGACAUUAUAGAGAAUAUUUGAGUUACCCAAGACAUGGGGGAAACUUUGGAUUUCUAUAAAUGUGGGAUUUAAAGGAUACAGAAUUUGUCAACUUUUGUGUAUCCAAAGAAGUCAGAAACAGCAGAGGAAUAGGGAUCAGUAAUGUGGCACAUCAGUCUGGAUAGUUUUGAACAGUUCAGAGAUGAGUUGCCAUCGUUGAAUUUGUUAGAGCAAUAGAAUGCUUUUUUUGAUAACUUUUUUCUUCUAAGUAAUAGUUUUUAAGCAAAAUCAUUCAUCAGUAUAUAGGAUGAAUGGAUUUUACCAGUGUUUGAUUAUAUGCUCCUUUGUUGGUAACUGGGAAGCAGGUGUUAAAAGAACUGCAUAAAAUAAUAUCAUUACAAGAUUUAAAAAAUAUUAUGUUUUUGUUAUAUUGCUUGCUAUUUAAAUGUUGAUUUCCUAAAUCACAUGAAUUGCCAGUUGGCAAAAAUUAUAUGGACCAAUAUUGUCAAUAAAGGAUAUGAAAGUGUUUACAUUA